AUGUUUUCCAGACUCUAUGUGCUGGGACUUGUCUUUUUCUUCACGAAUACGAACUCUGCUGCUGUCGACGAUGGCUGCAAAGCUCUGGCCUCUCGCUACCCUGACAAAACUUUCUUUCCAGGCUCUGAGCGAUACAAAUUUGAGAACGAGUGUCCAUCCUGCAUCUUCGCUCCGCAGCGUACCAAAGAUGUGCAGUUCGCUGUCCGCACAUUUACCGAACACCAAGUUCAGUUUGGAAUUCGCUGUGGUGGUGCUAUGGCCAUUGACAAUGCCGCCAAUAUCGGACAGGAGGGUAUUCUGUUGGCCCUGACGAACCUCAGCAACAUUGCUGUCUCAGAUGACACCAAGUCUGUCACUAUCGGAGCUGGUGUGACAUGGCCUCCGCUGUACGCACAUCUCGACGAUUACAAUGUCACUGCGAACGGAAUUCGCUCUGGUGAUGGUGGAGUCGUUGGCGCGAUAUUAGGAGGGGGACCGUUCGGAUUCAUGGCCUAUGAAUACGGAAUGUCGAACAUUGCUAAAUCAUUGGAAUGCGUCCUUGCCGACGGAACCCUCGUAACGGCGAGUGCCGUUGAGCAUCCGGACUUAUUCUGGGCACUUAUUGGAGGCGGUAACAACUUCUGCGUUGUUACAAAGGCUGUUCUUAAUACAAUCCCGAUUUCCUCUGCGCUGAUUGGAACAGUCUCUUGGGGGCCAGGAGUGUCGGAGCAAUACAUCAAGAGUGUGGAGCAAUUUGCGCUCUACGGCGCAGAACACCCCAAGGCUUCGUUUGAGGGCCAGACCCGGUGGGUCCCAUCUCGCAGCGACGAAAUAUCUUUCGACGGCUACCUUUGGUACAGCGGUGAGGGAGAUGUUCCGGUCGGAUUGGAGAACUUCACCGCACCUGUCCUGCCAAUCACGAGAGGGAACAUUACGAGGACGUCCAUGGGCGUAUGGAACAACGAGUUCAACUAUGCUCCUCCCCUUGGUACGAGAGCUAUUUUCCACUGGCUCACGAGUGCAGCCAAUGCUACAGCUGCAAAAAUCGCCUUCGACACUUACUUUGAAACGAUCGCAUCCCUAGCAGAUGUUGAAGGAUUCUCAGCCACGUUUAGCAUGCUGCCGAUCACACCUAUUGUUACCUCAGCUCCUCCUGGAAACCCAAUGAGUCUAGGGGCUGACGAUGGUCCAGCGAUCUGGUACGUUGAGACCCCUCUAUGGUCAAGAAUUGAAGACGACGAGCGUGUAUUGGCGGUUCAUGCUGAAGCCAACGCGAAAAUUCGGGAGAGACUUACUGAAGCCGGACUUGGACCCCUUCCUUUCAUGUAUCUCAGUGAUAUACAGAAGGAGCAGAUUCCCGAGACCUUUCCAUCCUAUGGAGCGAAGAACUUACAAAAGCUCAAGGCGAUUCGACACAAGUACGAUCCUAAACGCGUCUUCACCGAUCUUGUGCCUGGAGGAGCCAAGAUUGCUUUGUCAUAG